ACCACGCAAAAAUCUUUGAAUUUCAAAUAUCGUCAAUUUGGUAUCUCGUCUCGACACUUUCUCUCUUCUUCCCAUCUGUCUAAUCAGAGCGAGCAAGUCGAGUCUAUAAAGAUGAAGCCACAGUUAGACGUUCUGCAGGUUCUGCAGCGGACCUCGCAGAUGCUCAGGACCGGCACCGCCGGCCUCGAGCCCGCAUGGUACAAGGCAGUCCUCGAGACCCCGCCGACGACGGAGCUGAAUUCAAAGCUGACGGUCAAGCAUCUCGAGCGAGCACAGAAGCUCAAGAAGAAGAAUUUCAAAGUCCGCGACCUGUUUAAGCCGCAGAAGAUUGUGUUUCCCGAGGACUCGAUCCGGACGACGUUUUAUACCCAGCAUCCGUGGGAGUUGGCGCGGCCAAAGAUCUUGGUGGAGAACGAUGCGUUGGAGUUUACAAAGUCGGACUGGAGCAAGAUUGAGCAGCACAACAAGCAAUUGGACGGAGAGAGUGUCGUCCAACGAACAAUGUGGUUGAAGAAGAAGGGUAAUAUGCGUACCACCGCGGCUUACAAACAAGCCCUCCAGGAAUUUUACAAAGCACGUAUAUACCGGCAAGUCGCAAAGGAGACUGUCCUGGAAGAGGCAAAGAUGUUUGGCGCUGUCUUCUUCCCCGGAAAGGUGGAGGCCGGAUUGGCGGAGGAAGCAAAGUAUUUGUACAAGUUUAAGGAGGACGUGGUUACGAAGUACGCUAGAUCGGAGCAGACGAGGGACAAGAAGCAGGAUGAGUGAUUUGGGGUUCGUUUAUUUGUACA